CGAAGCUCAAACGGCAGCAGCUUUUCAAAAAUCGAGAUCAAGAACUCCGUGAAAAAGAUAACCAAAUUCACACUCUCUCCCACUCAGUAAACUUGAUCUGAAUAAGAGAAUGGCAUUUUCGCAAUUCUCUGCAAAGUCGUGUCCGUCUUCGUCGCCGGGGUCGUUUGUGCAGUACGGUUCUUUGUCUAGGUUCAUCAGCUUUGGUGCGAGCAGCGGGAACUCGAGGCGGUUGUUGAAUCUGCGGUCACGGCGAGUGGCGAGGUCGUUUUCGGUGAAGAAUGUGUCCAGCGAGCCCAAUGCUAAAUUGAAGGAGUCUGGUGUUAAAGAAGCAACUAGCGGCUAUAAUCCAGAUUCUCCAGAUGCUGCCUCUAUUGCCUCGAGUAUCAAGUAUCAUGCGGAGUUCACCCCAUUGUUUUCUCCAGAUAAAUUUGAGCUUCCAAAGGCUUACUUUGCCACUGCACAAAGCGUUCGUGAUAAUCUUAUUAUAAACUGGAAUGAGACAUAUGAGUAUUAUGAGAAGUUGAACGUGAAACAGGCAUAUUAUUUAUCAAUGGAGUUUUUACAGGGUAGGGCGCUGUUGAAUGCAAUUGGAAACUUAGGGCUUACUGGUGCUUAUGCAGAGGCCUUGAACAACCUUGGACACAAUCUAGAGAAUGUAGUUAGCCAGGAGCCUGAUGCUGCACUUGGUAAUGGGGGUCUUGGGCGACUUGCCUCCUGUUUUCUGGACUCUUUGGCAACACUAAAUUACCCAGCAUGGGGUUAUGGACUUAGAUAUAAGUACGGGUUGUUCAAACAGAGGAUUACAAAGGAUGGUCAAGAAGAAGUUGCUGAAAAUUGGCUUGAGCUGGGCAACCCAUGGGAAAUGGUGAGAAAUGAUGUCUCAUAUCCCAUAAAAUUUUACGGCAAGGUUGUUUCAGGAUCAGAUGGAAAAAGUAACUGGAUAGGAGGAGAAGAUAUACAGGCUGUUGCAUAUGAUGUCCCAAUACCAGGGUAUAAAACUAAAACCACGAUCAACCUAAGACUUUGGUCAACUAAAGCUCCUUCUGAAGAUUUUGAUUUAUAUGCUUUUAACUCUGGAGACCAUACCAAAGCAGCUGAAGCCCUAUCUAAUGCUGAAAAGAUCUGCUAUAUACUCUACCCUGGGGAUGAAUCUGUUGAGGGCAAGAUCCUUCGUUUGAAGCAACAAUACACCUUGUGCUCUGCUUCUCUCCAAGAUAUCAUUGCACAAUUUGAGAGAAGAUCUGGAACAAAUGUACGGUGGGAAGAAUUUCCUGAGAAGGUUGCCGUUCAAAUGAAUGAUACGCACCCAACUCUCUGCAUUCCGGAGCUGAUGAGAAUUUUGGUAGAUGUGAAAGGUUUAAGCUGGAAAGAGGCCUGGAAUAUCACACAGAGAACUGUGGCAUACACAAACCAUACUGUUCUACCUGAGGCAUUGGAGAAAUGGAGUUUAGAACUUAUGCAAAAACUGUUACCUCGACAUGUGGAGAUCAUAGAAAUGAUUGAUGAAGAGCUGAUUCAUGCCAUAGUUUCAGAAUAUGGCACAGCAGAUGUUGAUUUACUGGAUAAAAAACUGAAGGAGAUGAGAAUUCUAGAAAACUUUGAUUUGCCUGCCCCCUUUGCUGAUUUACUUGUUAAACCCAAGAAAAGUGCUGUUGUCGAUCCCAGUGAUAAAGUUAAAAACUCUGAAGAAGAAGUUGAAGUAGCUGAUGAAGAACUCGAACCAGCUGAUGAAGAACCCAAACCAGCUGAUGAAGAACCCGAACCAGCUGAUGAAGAACCCAAACCAGCUGAUGAAGAACCCGAACCAGCUGAUGAAGAACCCGAACCAGCUGAUGAAGAACCCGAGGCUGAAAAAGAAAUUAGUACAGCAGCAGAGGAAAAAAAGGAGGCAAAAGUGGUACCAGAACCACAAAAGCUGGUUCGUAUGGCUAACCUCUGUAUUGUGGCCGGUCAUGCAGUAAAUGGAGUGGCUUCGAUACAUAGUGAAAUAGUAAAAAAUGAAGUAUUUAAUGAGUUUUAUAAGUUGUGGCCUGAUAAAUUUCAAAAUAAAACAAACGGGGUUACACCAAGAAGGUGGAUGCUUUUCUGCAAUCCAGAUUUAAGUAAAAUUAUCAGCAAGUGGAUUGGCACAGAGGACUGGGUCACAAAUACUGAGAAGCUGGCCGAGUUAAGAAAGUUUGCAGAUAAUGAGGAUCUCCAAAAGCAGUUCAGGUUGGCAAAAAGGAACAACAAAAUGAAAGUUGUGUCACUGAUUAAAGAAAAAACAGGCUAUUUGGUCAGCCCUGAUGCAAUGUUUGACAUCCAGGUGAAGCGCAUCCAUGAAUAUAAGCGACAACUGAUGAAUAUCUUGGGAAUUGUUUACCGUUACAAAAAGAUGAAAGAAAUGAGUGAUGCAGAAAGGAAAGCCAAGUUUGUUCCACGAGUGUGUAUAUUUGGGGGAAAAGCUUUUGCUACUUAUGUGCAAGCCAAGAGAAUUGUGAAAUUUAUCACUGAUGUUGGGGCUACUGUUAAUCAUGAUGCUGAAAUAGGUGAUUUGCUGAAGGUUAUUUUUGUCCCUGAUUACAAUGUCAGUGUGGCUGAAUUGCUUAUCCCUGCUAGUGAGCUCUCACAGCAUAUCAGUACGGCUGGGAUGGAGGCUAGUGGUACCAGUAACAUGAAGUUUGCGAUGAAUGGUUGCAUUUUGAUUGGGACCUUGGAUGGUGCCAAUGUUGAAAUAAGGGAAGAAGUUGGAGAAGAAAACUUUUUCCUCUUUGGUGCUAAAGCUCACGAGAUAGCAGGGUUGAGAAAAGAGAGAACUGAAGGCAAGUUUGUUCCAGAUCCACGUUUUGAAGAAGUGAAGGAAUUCGUUAGAAGUGGUGUUUUCGGUUCUAAUAACUAUAAUGAACUGAUGGGGUCAUUGGAAGGAAAAGAAGGUUAUGGUCGUGCAGAUUAUUUCCUUGUGGGCCAAGACUUCCCUAGUUACUUAGAGUGCCAAGAGAAGGUUGAUGAAGCAUAUCGAGACCAAAAGCUAUGGACACGAAUGUCAAUCCUGAAUACAGCGGGUUCGUACAAGUUCAGUAGUGACAGAACAAUUCAUGAAUAUGCUCGAGACAUAUGGAAUAUUGAACCUAUCGAAUUGCCAUAAUUCAGAGAAUGCCUGCAUCCCAAGUAGGGAGUUGGUCUGGCUACAAGCUUGUGAUGAGCAUGGCAUCCUGUUGAUAUGUUUACAGUGUAAAUGAACUCUUUAGGGGAAAGCCGGUGGUGAAUAAAUGUAUCUUGAAUAAAUCUUAUAACACGGUAAUAAAAGAAUAAGCAUUCCGAGUCCUGUUAACCUUGCAAUUAAAGAUUAGAUAUAUAGAGCAACUUGGAUCGAUUCAGGUUCAUGGCUCAGCUUGGUAUAUGGACUCGAAUGUUUUAUCGCCCUUUUUGUCUAGAUAAAAACUUUGAAUGUAUAGCAUUACGUAUUGAAUAAAGUCUUAUUAAAGUUUUUAA